AUGGAAAGGGAUGUGAUCGAGCUGAAAAAAGACAACGAAAUAAUGGAAAGAAUGAAUAAAAUGGAAGAAGAAAAUAGGAAGACAAAUGACCAUAUUAGAAGAGAGAUUGAGUCAAUGAUGACGGACUGGAAAUACAGGAUGGAAACCGAGGAAAGCAAGAGAAACUCGCACAUAGUGGAUAAUAAAAAGCUAUACGAAGUUGCAAUGGAUACGUAUGGGAAAGUGGAAGUAAUAAGACAAAGUAUGGGAAAAGUGACACCGGCAACAAGCGAACAAGAAAAUACAUCAACAAUCGACACUAAAGUAAUAAACGAAAAGAUAGAAGAAAUGGAGAAAAAGGUAAUAUCGGAAAUAAUAGAUGUGGGAUGUAGGAUAAGAGAAAAGGUAGAGGAAACAACAGAGGAGACAAGAUAUAUAAUAGAGGAAACAAUAAAGGUAGCGAUCAAGGAAGGAAAAGAGGAAAACAUCGAUUUAGGACAAAUAACAGACAGUAUAGAAGAAGCAAGGGAACGCAUAGAAGAUAAAAUAGUACAUACAAGGGAAGAACUAAUAACUGAAAUAAAGGAGGAACACAGAAAGACAAAAAAGGAAACAAAACAGUACCAUACGUCAAAUGAAAAGACCAACGAAAAAGAGGCUGAAGAACUAGCCAAAAAAGUGGUCGAACACCUAAAAAUAAAUACGCCAACAUCGAGUAUCACAAAUCCACCUGACACCUAUGCGGACAUGACAAGGAAAAACAAAAUAAUGAUACCCACUACGACACAUUCAGUACUGGUGUCAUCAGAAGAACUAAUGGACAUCAGUGAAGAUGUCAUUAGAAAGACCGAAGAGAUCCUAAAACCCAGAAAUGGGGAGGUGAAGAUCGAUAGGAUCCGCAAGGUAAAGGACCAGAAAAUCCUCAUUGGAUGCAGCAGUAAAGAGGAAAUCAAGAAGAUAGAGGAGAAACUAAAGAAAGGCAAAAACAUCAUAGUAGAAGCAGUAAGGAAUAAAAACCCUCUAAUAACUAUAAAAGACGUCAAAUUUAAAAUGAAAGAUGAGGACAUUCUGGACGCCCUGAUUAGACAAAACAACGAAAUAUUUAAACAGGACCAAGAAAAAGAGGACAUAAAAAUAAAAUUUAGGCGCAAAGCAAGAAACCCGGAACGCUGUCACCUGAUCCUGCAAGUAAAACCGGAAAUCUGGAAUAAAUUAACAACACAGGGGCGAAUAUACAUGGAUAUGGAACGACUAAAAGUCGAAGACCAAUCGCCCCUGAUUCAAUGUACGAGAUGCCUCCAGUUUGGCCACGGACGGAAAUUUUGUACAGAGAGUGCGGAUAGAUGCAGCCACUGCGGAGGCCUCCAUCUCAGAGCGGAAUGCCCGGAGAGGGAGAGGCCACCGAGGUGCUGCAACUGUGCGCACGCCCAGCUGGAGGACAUCGAACACAACGCGUUUAGUCGAGAAUGCAGGAUCAGGGACAAAUGGGAAUAUCUUGCGCGCUCAACCACAGCGUACACAUAAACAGGUACAACACAUAGUAAAAACAACACACAAACACCUUACAAAACAACAACAAUAUCACACACAAAACAAAAAGAUUAAAAGUAAAAAGAAAUCUUGCAUUGCAGAAAAACAUUCUUGGAAUGGAAAACUGGAAUGCAAGGCAUUUCCAAAACACACAAACACAAAGAACUAAUACAUACAUAA